GACUUUAUUAAGAUUUUUCCUGAGGAUCACGUUGCUUAGCUGCCUUAGGACCAUGGCAGCGGACCAGUGGGCUCAUGCCCAUGCUGAGGACCUCCUCUUCAAGACGCUCUUCAAGGGAUAUAACAAGUGGUCGCGGCCGGUGCGGAACAUCACGGAUGUCGUCAUCGUCAAAUUCGGUCUCUCCAUUGCUCAGCUUAUUGACGUGGAUGAGAAGAAUCAGAUGAUGACCACCAACGUCUGGCUAAAGCAGGAGUGGAAUGAUUACAAGCUGCGGUGGGACCCCUCGGACUACGACAACGUGACAUCCAUCAGAGUCCCCUCAGAGCUCAUCUGGGUCCCAGACAUUGUCCUUUAUAAUAAUGCAGACGGGGAGUUUGCUGUGACCCAUAUGACGAAGGCUCACCUGUUCCACACGGGCCAGGUGCGCUGGGUCCCGCCUGCCAUCUACAAGAGCUCUUGCAGCAUCGACGUCACCUUCUUCCCCUUCGACCAGCAGAGCUGCAAGAUGAAGUUCGGCUCCUGGACCUACGACAAGGCCAAGAUCGACCUGGAGCGAGUGGAGAAUGCCGUAGACCUGAAAGACUACUGGGAGAGUGGCGAGUGGGCCAUCGUGGACGCGGUGGGCACCUACAACACCAAGAAGUACGACUGCUGCCACGAGAUCUACGUGGACAUCACUUACUACUUCAUCAUCCGGCGCCUGCCGCUCUUCUACACCAUCAACCUCAUCAUCCCCUGCCUGCUCAUCUCCUGCCUCACCGUGCUCGUCUUCUACCUGCCCUCAGACUGCGGGGAGAAGAUCACGCUGUGCAUCUCCGUGCUGCUGUCCCUCACUGUCUUCCUGCUCCUCAUCACCGAGAUCAUCCCGUCCACCUCGCUGGUCAUCCCGCUGAUCGGCGAGUACCUGCUCUUCACCAUGAUCUUCGUCACGCUCUCCAUCGUCAUCACCGUCUUCGUGCUCAACGUGCACCACCGCUCGCCCAGCACGCACCGCAUGCCACGCUGGGUGCGCGCUGUCUUCCUGGAGCUCGUCCCGCGCUGCCUCUUCAUGCGGCGCCCGCCGCUGGCGCCCAACGCCAAGCGCCGACGCCUGCUGCAGGGUGGCACCGGAGGAGGAGGGGGAGGGGCUCUCCUCAGCACCUCCAAGAGCUGCGUCCUCCAUGCUCUGGAGGGGGUGCGCUACAUUGCGGAUCACCUGCGCGCGGAGGACGCCGACUUCUGUGUGAAGGAGGACUGGAAGUAUGUGGCCAUGGUGAUAGACCGUAUCUUCCUCUGGAUGUUCAUCAUCGUCUGCCUCCUGGGAACCGUGGGGCUCUUCCUGCCACCCUGGCUCUCAGGGAUGAUCUAGGUC